GUGUCCCGGGUGGUCUUUAUAAAAGACCGCGGCCGUCACUCCGGACAUUCAAGUUAAACACGCCGCGGGGGAGAAACAGCAGUCGGAAUUGACGUCGUCCGAAGUGCGCGCUGAAACUUUUUUUUGUCUUCGUUGUUUAUUUGCGCACCUGAGUGUGUGUUCCGUCCGCCGCCAUGACGAGCAACAACUACAGCGAGGAGCCGCAGUACCGCCAGGCCGACCUGGGCGAGGGGGAGGAGGACGACGAGAUGCCGGCCACGGAGAAGGACCUGGCCGAGGACGCGCCGUGGAAGAAGAUCCAGCAGAACACUUUCACCCGCUGGUGCAACGAGCACCUCAAGUGCGUCAACAAGACCAUCAGCGACCUGCAGCGGGACUUCACCGACGGCCUGAAGCUGGUCUCGCUGCUGGAGGUGCUGAGCCAGAAGAAGAUGUACCGGAAGCACCACAGCCGCCCCAAUUUCCGGCAGAUGAAGCUGGAGAACGUGUCCGUGGCCCUGGAGUUCUUGGAGCGGGAGCACAUCAAGCUGGUCUCCAUUGACAGCAAAGCCAUCGUCGAUGGCAACCUGAAGCUGAUCCUGGGUCUCAUCUGGACCCUCAUCCUGCACUACUCCAUCUCCAUGCCCAUGUGGGACGACGAGGAUGACGAGGAGACCAAGAAGAUGACGCCCAAGCAGCGCCUGCUGGGCUGGAUCCAGAACAAAGUGCCCCAGCUGCCCAUCAAUAACUUCAACCGAGACUGGAGGGACGGCAAAGCUCUCGGAGCUCUGGUGGACAACUGUGCUCCAGGUUUGUGUCCUGAUUGGGCCGAGUGGGACCCAAACAAGCCUGUGCAGAAUGCCAGGGAGGCCAUGCAACAGGCUGACGACUGGCUGGGAGUGCCUCAGGUGAUUGCACCUGAGGAGAUAGUGGAUCCAGAUGUGGACGAGCACUCGGUGAUGACCUACCUGUCACAGUUCCCCAAAGCCAAGCUCAAACCGGGAGCCCCUCUCAAAACCAAGCAGCUUUUCCCUCACAAAGUCAAAGCCUACGGACCCGGUAUCGAGCCUCAUGGCAACAAGGUGCUGCACCCUGCGGUGUUCACCGUGGACACGCUGGAAGCCGGCAGCGGGGAGGUCCUAGUCUAUGUGGAGGAUCCAGAAGGGCACAAAGAAGAAGCUAAAGUCAAACCCAACAGGGACAAGAACAAAACCUACACCGUCACCUAUGUUCCGAAAGUUGAGGGUCUCCACAAGGUCAAGGUGUUGUUUGCAGGCCAGGACACAGACAAGAGCCCCUACGCGGUGAACGUGGCAAAGGACAUGGGCGACCCCAGCAAAGUCCACGCCCGGGGACCGGGUCUGGAGCGCACCGGGAACGUGGCCAACAAACCCACCUACUUUGACAUCUACACCGCCGGUGCUGGCAACGGCGACGUCAGCGUGGUCAUCGUGGACCCGCAGGGGAAAAAGGACACGGUGGAGCUCAUCCUGGAGAACAAGGGCGACAGCGUCUUCCGUUGCACGUAUCGCCCAGUGACGGAGGGCCCUCACACCAUCCACGUGCUGUUUGGGGACCAGGAGAUCCCCAAGAGUCCCUUCCCUGUCAACAUCGCAGAGGCACCUCCUGUUGCUCCUCCCGCGGGAGUCCCAUUGCAGAUAAUCCCUCAGUCAGUGCGAACUCCUCCAGCAACGAAGGCCCCCCCCCCUAAAAAACCUGUCCGCCCAACCAUGAAUCCCAACGCCUGCAGAGCUACCGGCAGAGGCCUUCAGCCUAAAGGCGUGAGAGUAAAGGAGGUAGCAGACUUCAAAGUCUUCACCAAGGGAGCUGGCAGCGGAGCCCUGAACGUCUCGGUCAAAGGACCCACUGGGGCGCAGGAGCAGGUGAAAGUGCGGGAUGCGGGGAACGGCGUGUACGAGUGCGAGUAUUUCCCUCUUAAGCCUGGUAAAUAUACAGUCGGCAUCACCUGGGGAGGACAGCCCAUCCCACGCAGCCCCUUUGAAGUGGAGGUGAGUCCGGAGGCAGGUUUCCAGAAGGUGAGGGCCUGGGGCCCCGGUCUGAAGACGGGAAUGGUGGGAAAAUCCGCGGACUUCGUGGUGGAAGCCAUCGGCGUGGACGUCGGGACUUUGGGCUUCUCCAUCGAAGGCCCCUCCCAGGCCAGGAUCGAGUGCGACGACAAGGGGGACGGGUCCUGCGACGUCCGCUACUGGCCCACCGAGCCGGGCGACUACGCCGUCCAUGUCAUCUGCGACGACGAGGACAUCAAGGACAGCCCCUUCAUGGCGCACAUUCUGCCCGCCGCCAAUGACGUCUUCCCCGAGAAGGUGAAAGCUUUUGGUCCGGGCCUGCAGCCGACCGGUGUUACCGUCAACAAGGCGACAGAAUUCACCAUCGAUGCCCGCAUGGCGGGGAAGGGUCAGCUCACCAUCUAUGCCCAGGAUGCCGAAGGCUGCGCCAUCAACAUCAAAGUCAGCGACAAGGGCGACGGCACCUUCCUGUGCGUGUACACGCCGACCAAGCCCAUCAAGCACACCAUCAUCAUCGCCUGGGGCGACGUCAACGUGCCCAACAGCCCCUUCAGGGUGCUGGUGGGAGAGGGCUCUCAUCCAGACAAGGUCAAGGUCUACGGGCCCGGCGUGGAGAAGACGGGUCUCAAGGCUAAUGAGCCGACAUACUUCACUGUGGACUGCGGCGAGGCCGGUCAAGGAGACAUCAGCAUUGGAAUCAAGUGCGCCCCGGGGGUGGUCGGCCCCGCCGAGGCAGACAUCGACUUUGACAUCAUCAAGAAUGACAAUGACACCUUCACUGUCAAGUACACCCCCCCGGGCCCGGGCCGCUACACCAUCAUGGUGCUCUUUGCUGACCAGGAAAUUCCCACCAGUCCAUUUAAAGUCAAGGUUGACCCCUCCCACGACGCCGGCAAGGUGAGAGCAGAGGGCCCGGGACUCAACAAAACAGGAGUGGAGGUGGGCACCCCGACCCACUUCACCAUCUACACAAAAGGAGCAGGGAAGGCCAAGCCGGAGGUGCGUUUCGCCGCCUCGGGCCCCGGAGAGGCGGUUCGCGACUUUGAGAUCAUCGACAACCACGAUUACUCCUACACGGUCAAAUACACCGCUCUCCAGAAGGGAAACAUGGCAGUCACGGUGACCCACGGAGGGGAUCCCAUUCCUAAAAGCCCCUUCCACGUCACGGUGGCGCCACAGCUGGAUAUCGGGAAAGUGAAAGUGGAGGGACUGGACACUAAGGUGGAAGUGGGAAAGGAUCAGGAGUUCACCGUCAACACCAAGGGCGCAGGCGGUCUGGGCAACGUGGGCGUGAAGAUGACCUCGCCCACCGGCCGGCCCAUCCCCUGCAAGCUGGAGUCGGACAAAGCCAAAGGGGUCCACGGCGUGAAGUACAUCCCCCCGGAGGAGGGUCAGUACAAGGUGGACGUCAGCUACGACGGCAACCCGGUCAUGGGGAGCCCCUUCGGGGUGGAGGGGGUGAUGCCUGCAGACCCCUCAAAGGUCCGAGCCUUCGGCCCCGGUCUUCAAGGAGGCGUGGUGGGUAAACCAGCUCUGUUCACCAUUGACACCAAAGGAGCCGGCGCCGGCGGUCUGGGCCUCACAGUCGAGGGUCCGUGCGAGGCCAAGAUCGAGUGCCAAGACAACGGCGACGGCACGUGCUCGGUCGCGUACCUGCCCACCGAGGCCGGGGACUACGCCGUCAACAUCCUGUUUGCCGAGAAACACAUCCCGGGCUCUCCCUUCAAGGCGGUGGUGCGCCCGGCCUUCGACCCCAGCAAGGUCACGGCCAGCGGCCCCGGCCUGGAGAGGGCCAAGGCGGGGGAAGCCGCCACCUUCACCGUGGACUGCACCCGGGCCGGCGAGGCCGAGCUCACCAUCGAGAUCCUGUCGGAGAACGGGGCCAAGGCCGAGGUGCACAUCCAGAAAACGGCGGAGGGGACUUUCUCCGUCACGUACACGCCGCCGUUCCACGGCGCGCACACCAUUACCAUCAAGUACGGCGGUCACAUGAUCCCGCACUUCCCCAAGGUGCUGCAGGUGGACCCCUCUGUGGACACCAGCGGGGUGCACGUCUACGGACCGGGAGUGGAGCCCAGAGGCGUCCUCAGAGAAGUCACCACCCACUUCAUUGUGGACGCAAGGACCCUCAGCAAGGCUGGAGGAAGUCACGUGAAGGCCCACAUCACCAAUCCCUCGGGCAGCAGCACGGACGCCUAUGUUACCGACAAGGGCGACGGCACCUACAGAGUGGAGUACACACCCUUUGAGGAUGGCAUGCAUCUGAUCGAGGUGCGGUACGACGACGUGCCCGUACCCAAGAGUCCCUUCAGGGUGUCGGUCAUGGAGGGAUGUGAUCCAACCCGAGUCCGGGCCUACGGACCGGGUCUAGAGGGAGGAAUAACCAACAAGCCUAACUGUUUCACCGUGGAAACCCGGGGAGCCGGCACCGGAGGUUUGGGGCUGACCAUCGAGGGCGCGUCCGAGGCCCAAAUAUCCUGCAAGGACAACAAAGACGGAAGCUGCAGCGUGGAGUACGUUCCCUUUACGGCCGGAGACUACGACGUCAACAUCAACUACGGCGGACACCCCAUCCCCGGCAGUCCCUUCAAGGUGCCGGUGCGGGACCCGGUGGACCCCAGCAAGGUGAAGUGCUCCGGCCCCGGCUUGGGUGCCGGAGUGAGAGCGCACAUCCCGCAAACCUUUCAAGUGGACUGCACUCAGGCCGGACAGGCGCCGCUGGAUGUGAAACUCUACGGGCCAACAGGUACCAAGGAGCCGGUGGGAGUGAAAAACAACGGUGACGGAACCCACACCGUUCACUACACCCCGGCCCAGGAUGGACCUUACACCGUCGCAGUCAAGUACGCAGAACAGGAGGUCCCUCGUAGUCCUUUCAAGGUAAUGUCUCAGCCCGGGCACGACGCCAGCAAAGUCCGUGCCAGCGGCCCCGGUCUGGACAGCAAAGGAGUGUCGGCCAGCCUCCCCGUCGAGUUCACCAUCGACGCCCGCGACGCCGGAGAGGGGCUGCUGACUGUGCAGAUUCUGGACCCGGAGGGCAAGCCGAAGAACGCCAGCAUCCAGGACAACCGGGACGGCACCUACACCGUGUCCUACGUGCCGGACUCCAUCGGCCCUUACACCAUCACCAUCAAGUACGGAGGGGAUGAGAUCCCUUACUCCCCUUACCGCAUUCAGUCCCUCCCCACGGGAGACGCCAGCAAGUGUCGACUCACAGUGUCAAUAGGAGGACACGGCGUGUCGGGCCUUCAGAAGCUGCAGACCUCAGAGGACACGGUCAUCACAGUGGACGCCAAGGCCGCCGGCAAGGGCAAGGUGACCUGCAAGGUCCUGACCCCGCAAGGGAUGGAGCUGGACAUGGACGUGGUGGAGAAUCGUGACGGGACCUUCGACAUUUACUACACGGCCCCUGAGCCUGGGAAAUACGUCAUCACCAUUCGCUUCGGAGGGCAGAACAUCCCCAAGAGCCCCUUCCAUGUGGUGGCCUCAAAUGAGCCCGUGGCCCCGCGGGACACCGUGGAUCCUCUCUUCAGGCCCGUCAGCUUCCUCGUGCCCUUCAUGCCACAGCAAGGAGAGAUAUCAGGUGAGGUGCGGAUGCCUUCAGGCAAGACUGCCCGUCCGCACAUCACCGACAAUAAAGACGGCACCAUCACAAUCAAAUACCAGCCCACGGAGAGAGGACUGCACGAGAUGGACAUCAAAUAUGAAGGCAACCACAUUCCAGGAAGCCCGAUGCAGUUCUUUGUGGACGCGGUCAACAGUGGAGUGGUGUCGGCCUACGGUCCAGGUCUGAGUUACGGGAUGGUCAACAAAGCGGCCACCUUUACGGUGAUCACCAAGAAUGCAGGAGAAGGCGGUCUGUCGCUGGCAGUGGAGGGUCCCUCCAAGGCAGAGAUCACCUGCAAGGACAACAAGGACGGCACCUGCACCGUGUCCUACCUGCCUACGGCGCCCGGAGACUACAACAUCAUUGUCAAGUUUGACAACAAGCACAUUCCCGGCAGCCCGUUCACCGCCAAGAUCACCGGGGACGACGCCAUUACCAGGACGUCGCAGCUGAAUGUGGGCACGUCUGCCGACGUGUCGCUCAAGAUCGCCGAAACGGACCUGAGCUCGCUGAGCGCGAGUAUCCGGGCGCCGUCGGGCAACGAGGAACCCUGCCUGCUCAAAAGGCUGCCCAACAGACAUCUUGGUAUCUCCUUCACCCCGAAGGAAGUUGGCGAGCAUGAAGUGAGCGUGAGGAAGAACGGUGUGCACGUGGCCAACAGCCCGUUCAAGAUCAUGGUCGGCCAGUCAGAGAUCGGCGAGGCCAGCCGGGUCAAAGCUUUUGGCAAAGGCCUGGUGGAGGCGCACACCUUCGAGAUGGCGGAGUUCUUUGUGGACACAAGGAACGCAGGUUACGGUGGACUCGCAUUGUCCAUCGAGGGUCCGAGCAAAGUGGACAUCAACUGUGAAGAUAUGGAGGACGGGACCUGCAGAGUCACCUACUGUCCGACAGAGCCUGGAAAUUACACCGUCAACAUCAAGUUUGCAGAAAAGCACAUCCCAGGGAGUCCGUUCACGGUCAAGGUGACCGGCGAAGGAAGGAUCAAGGAGAGCAUAACCAGGAAGAGACAAGCGUCUUCUAUCGCUUCAGUGGGAAGCACCUGCGGACUUAACCUCAAGAUUCCAGGAAACUGGUUCCAGAUGGUGUCAGCCCAGGAGAGACUAACGAGGACGUUCACCCGCAGCAGCCACACCUACACCCGCACCGAGCGCACGGAGAUCAGCAAAACCCGCGGCGGUGAAACCAAACGGGAGGUCCGGGUGGAGGAGAGCACCCAGGUGGGCGGAGGAGGAAGCCCCUUCAGAGAUGUGUUUGGAGACUUCCUGGGCCGAGAGAGCCUCAGCAGCUUCGCCGGCAUCACCGCCAGACCUGAAGCUGAGGGGGGCUCCCAGGCCAUGACAGCCCAGGUGACCAGCCCCAGCGGGAAGAUAGCGGACGCUGACCUGGUGGACGGAGGAAACAGCACCUACAGCGUGCGCUUCAUCCCCCAGGAAAUGGGGGCGCACACGGUCAAUGUCAAGUACAGGGGCCAGCACGUCCCCGGGAGCCCCUUCCAGUUUACUGUGGGGCCCAUGGGGGAGGGAGGCCCGCACAAGGUCCGUGCCGGAGGUUCCGGGCUGGAGAGAGGCGUGGCUGGAGCACCUUCUGAAUUUAGCAUCUGGACCAGAGAGGCCGGGGCUGGAGGGCUUUCCAUUGCCGUCGAGGGGCCGAGCAAGGCGGAGAUAUCCUUUGAAGACAGGAAGGACGGUUCCUGCGGUGUCUCCUACAUUGUAAAAGAACCAGGUGACUACGAGGUGUCAAUUAAGUUCAACAACGAGCACAUCCCCGACAGCCCCUUCAUUGUUCCCAUCGCCACGCUGUCAGACGAAGCCCGCAGGCUCACCUUCACAAGCCUGCAGGAGAAGGAUUUGAAGGUAAACCAAGAAGCCUCGUUCAUGGUGCAGCGCAGCGGGGCUCGCGGCGUGGUGGACGCCAAAGUGCACACCCCCUCCGGCUGCUCCGAGGAAUGUUAUGUCACCGAGCUGGAUGGCGAGAAAACCGCAAUCCGCUUCAUUCCAAGGGAGAACGGCGUUCACUCCAUAGACGUCAAGUUCAACGGGUGCCACAUUCCCGGCAGCCCCUUCAACGUGCGGGUGGGAGACCCGGGGCUGAUUGGAGAUCCGGGCAUGGUGACCGCGCACGGCCCCGGCCUGCUGGGCGGAACCACAGGUGUGCCCUCGGAGUUUGUGGUCAACACUUGCAACGCCGGCCCGGGCACCUUAUCGGUCAACAUCGACGGGCCGUCCAAGGUGAAGAUGGACUGCUGCGAGUGUUCCGAAGGCUACAAAAUCACCUACAUCCCCAUGGCGCCCGGCAACUAUCUCAUCACCAUCAAAUACGGCGGGCCGCAGCACAUCGUGGGCAGCCCCUUCAAAGCCAAAGUCACAGGCGCCCGACUCUCUGGCGGCCACAGCCUCCACGAGACGUCAUCCGUCCUGGUUGAAACGGUUACCAAAUCCUCCAAAGUGGGCGGCGCCUACAGCUCCGCCGCCUCCGCCUCCUCCUCCUCCUCGUCCACCACCGCCACGUCCAAGCUGACGUCCGACGCCAGCAAGGUGGUGUGUCGCGGAAUGGGCCUGAGCAAGGCGGCGGUGGGCCAGAAAAACAAUUUCACAGUCGACUGCGGCAAAGCAGGCAGCAACAUGCUGAUGGUGGGCGUGCACGGCCCCCAGACUCCGUGCGAGGAGGUGUACGUCAAGCACAUGGGCAACAAGCUCUACAACGUCACCUACACCGUCAAGGACAAGGGCAGCUACACCCUCAUCGUCAAGUGGGGCGACGACAACGUCCCCGGGAGCCCCUACAAGGUGGCCGCGCCCUGAAAGGCCCCGCGCCUUCUGGCCAUCGCCAGGUUUCGGGGUUCGGGGGGGACCGCCGCUCCUCCACUUUUUUGACUGAUUACAAAUUGACAGCGGCGACGUUUAAGUGUGCCAAAUUCUAGCUUAGGGGCGUGGUUUAUGAGUGACGUUUGUUUGGCCCCUCCCCCUUUCUCGUCUCCCUGUCACGUCGGUGUCAUCUGUGAAUGUUUAUGGGGGACGGCUGGUGUGGUCCGCCGGGGUUGAAGUGUGGCGCCAUGUGGUUUUUGUAUGAUCCAAAGACAGAAUGAUUGCUUUUUUUUUGUUAUAUUAACCUUAUUUUUGCAGACCUAAUAAAGAUGGAAUUGAUAUCUU